AUGGACCUGAGCCCCUUACCACGAUCUCUCUCUAAACUUGCAAAACUGUUUCGGUCGAAGAAGUCGUCGUCCUCGGCGGAUCCCUCUUCUCCUGUGAAGGAAGGGAAACGAGGGAGAGAAGAAGAAGGUGAAACGAGUGGUUGGAGGAGAGCGAAGAGCAAAGGAGGAAGAGAUGAAGACGAAGUGAGUAAUGUUGAUGAUCGGAGCAGUGCAAAGAUAAGGCCAUCUCCUUCAAAGAAAAAAGGUGCGACAAGAGGAAGUGAUGGAGAGAAGCCUGAAAGAGCGGCGGCGGGAGAAGGGCAAGAAAAGCGCACGAGUAGUGGGUGGAAGACGGAGAUGGUACACUCUCCUUCGCCGGCGCCGGAGGUGACACCCACCAAAACUGAAACUUCGGGGAGUGCUAGGAAGGAGCUUGAGAUGGCGAGGGAAGGAGAAGAAGAAAAGGGUGCAAAGAGUAAGGAGGGCGACGAGAAUAUAAUGUCCUUACCUUCCGAGAAGCCAAUCCCUCCAAAUGAAGAUAUUCUGGCGGGAAAAAAGUUGUCACCUACGACACCUGUGACAAGUGGUGCGGAGGUGUCUCAGAGACAAGGAGAAGGAGGAGUAGACAUGAAUGGUGGAGAGAACGCUGCAACCAGACCAUCUCGUUCACCAUUGUCAUCGUCGACAAGCGGUCCAGGCGGAAGCAACAACAAGGAGUCCAAAAGUAUCGGGGUCAAAGAUGAGGAGGGAGGACAUGAGGGUGGGGAGAAAAAGCUAGGGAUGAUGUCCUCUCCUCCUUCGGAGAGCGACAAGGAAGAGAUUGAAAGGAUGAGGGAAGAACAAGAACAAGGAGACAAGAGGAGCUAUUCAGAGUUGGCACCUACGACAAUGAUCUCUUCUUCCCCAUUGCCAACCAAAGGAAAUGAAGAGAUGAGAGCAAGGAGUGGUGUAGAGGUGUCUGAGAGACAAGGAGGAGGAGAAGACAUGAAUGGUGGAAGGAGUGCAGUAAUCACGUCCUCUCCUUCACCAUCUUUAGUAUCAACAAGUGUUCAAGGAGGAAGCAAUAAUGAGUUAGAAAGAAAUAGGACAGGAGAUGAGCGAGCAAGACAUGAGAGUGGAGAGCAGAUGAUGGAGACGACAUUGGCCAAAAGGGAUAUUUUGGAGAGUGACAAGAAAGAGAAGGAGAGGACGAGGGAAGAGCAAGAACAACGAGGUGAGAGGAGCUAUUCAGAGGACUUGUCAUCUACCACAACGAUCUCUUCUUCCCCAUUGACAACCGUAGCAAAUGAAGAGAUGAGAGCAAGGAGUGGCGUAGAGGUGUCUGAGAAACAAGGAGGAGGAGAAGAUAUGAAUGAUGGAAGGAGUGCAGUAACCACGUCCUCUCCUUCACCAUCUUUAGUAUCAACAAGUGUUCAAGGAGGAAGCAAUAAUGAGUUAGAAAGAAUUAGGACGGGAGAUGAGCUAGCAAGACAUGAGAGUGGAGAGCAGAUGAUGGAGACGACAUUGGCCAAAAGGGAGAUUUUGGAGAGUGACAAGAAAGAGGAGAGGACGAGGGAAGAGCAAGAACAACGAGGUGAGAGGAGCUAUUCUUCCACAACGAUCUCUUCUUCCCCAUUGCCAACCGUAGCAAAUGAAGAGAUGAGAGCAAGGAGUGGUGUAGAGGUGUCUGAGAGACAAGGAGGAGAAGGAGAAGCAAUGUAUGGCGUAAGGAGUACAGAAAUCACAUCCCCUCUUUCACCAUCAUUACUGUCGACAAGUGUUUCAGUAGGAGGAAACUACAAGGAGCCUAAAAGUAUCAAGACAAGAGAAGAGCAAGGAGAAGAUGAGAGUGAAGAGAAAAAUGUGGGGAUGACAUCCUCUCAUCCGAUGACGGAGACAACAUCGACCAAAACAGAGAUUUUGGAGACCGCUGAGGAGGAUAGCAAGGGGACGAGGGAAGAACAAGGACAAAGAAGUAAGAGAAGCCAUCCAAUAAAAGAUAGUCCGACGUCCUCGUCAUGGUUGAUGCCAAUGUCAGUAAAUGGAAAGACCGAGUUAGGAGAUCAGAAGUGGUCACCUACGACAAGACCAACCAUAGCAAAUGAAGACGUGACAGCAACGGAGCCCAAGAGAAGUCAUGAAAGCUUCGUAGGAGGAGGAAACGAUGAGGAGCCUGAGAGUAUCAAUGCAAGAGGAGGACAAGGAGAAUAUAUGAAUGGUAAGGAAAAAAUGGAGAUGGUACCCAUUCCUUCUCCAAUCUUGGCGACAACACCAUCAAAAAGGAAGGUAUCUGGAAAUGAAGAGAUCGAGAGCACGAUGGAAGGACAAGUAGAAGGAGAUGAAACAAGCAAGCAAGAAAGAAGAGACGAUGACAGAAAUGUACCCUCUACUUCUUUCAUGUUUGACUCGGUGAAAGAAGAGACUCGAGUGGAGAAGCCGAAGAGAAAGGAAGAGGAAGGACAAAGAUGGGCAUAUAAUGGAUGGAAGGCAGGGGUUGCAUUUGGGAUCAUAGCAGUGGUGGGUACAAUAACAUGGAUAGGAUCGACGCUGUUCCUGAAGCGGCGACAGAGUAAUGUUCAAAGUCAGAGAACGAGACACCGUGACGAUUAG